CCUGAUGAGCAGCCUGGAACACGAAAUGAGGGCGAAAUGGCCCACACCUGCCGGGGCACCAUCAACAUGUCCACCGCGCACUUUGACAGGGAGGAUUAUUGCAGUAUCGUGCUGACCAGUGGGGCAAAGACCUACCACCUCAAGGCCAGCUCGGAUGUGGAGCGGCAGCAGUGGAUCACCGCCCUGGAGCUGGCCAAGGCCAAGGCUGUCCGCAUGAUGAUGAGCCAUUCAGAUGACUCUGGGGACGACGACGAGACUGCCGCCCCAGCUGACAAGACUGAGCUCCAGAGCACCAUCAAGAACCUCUCCCUGAAGCUCGAUGACCUCAGCACGUGUCACGACCUCCUCGCCAAGCACGGCGCCGCGCUGCUGCGCUCCCUGAACGAGCUGGACAGCCUGCGCAUCCCCUACGACAGCAGCGAGAAGCUGAAGGCUGUGAACGAGCGAGCCACCCUCUUCCGCAUCACGUCCAAUGCUAUGAUCAAUGCCUGCAGGGACUUUCUGGCACUAGCGGAGGGACACAGCCGGAAAUGGCAGCGGGCCCUGCAGUAUGAGCAGGAGCAGCGCAUCCACCUGGAGGAGACCAUCGAGCAGCUGGCCAAGCAGCACAACAGCCUCGAGCGGGCCUUCCGCAACAGCCUGCCCGGCCGGUCCUCCGACCCCAACAAGAACUUCAGCCAGGAAAGCCUCUUGACUUCCAAGGAAGAGGACAGUGAGGAAGAUGAGGAUUCGGAGUAUUUCGACGCCAUGGAAGACUCCACCGCCUUCAUCACUGUGAUCACCGAGGCCAAGGACGACAGAAAAACUGAGGGUGGGACCACAGGCCCUGUGGACUGGACCCCGGCAGACAAUGUACAGGAUGGCGCUUCACUCACACCCAAGGGCCCCCCCAAAGUCAAGAGGCGUGUCCGCAUCCCCGACAAGCCCAACUACAGCCUUAAUCUCUGGAGCAUCAUGAAGAACUGCAUCGGCCGGGAGCUCUCCAAGAUCCCCAUGCCGGUCAACUUCAACGAGCCCCUGUCCAUGCUCCAGCGGCUGACGGAGGACCUGGAGUACCACCACCUGCUGGACAAAGCGGUGCACUGCACCAGCUCGGUGGAGCAGAUGUGCCUGGUGGCCGCCUUCUCCGUGUCCUCCUACUCCACCACUGUGCACCGCAUCGCCAAGCCUUUCAACCCCAUGCUCGGGGAGACCUUCGAGCUGGACCGCCUCGAGGACAUGGGCCUGCGCUCCCUCUGCGAGCAGGUGAGCCACCACCCUCCAUCAGCCGCGCACCACGUGUUCUCCAAGAACGGCUGGAGCCUCUGGCAGGAGAUCACCAUCUCCAGCAAGUUCCGGGGCAAAUACCUCUCCAUCAUGCCGCUAGGUGCCAUCCACUUAGAAUUUCAGGCCAGUGGGAAUCACUACGUGUGGAGGAAAAGCACCUCAACUGUGCAUAACAUCAUCGUGGGCAAGCUCUGGAUCGACCAGACGGGGGACAUUGAGAUUGUGAACCAUAAGACCAAGGACCGGUGCCAGCUGAAGUUCCUGCCCUACAGCUACUUCUCCAAGGAGGUGGCCCGGAAGGUGACAGGCGUGGUGAGUGACGGCCAGGGCAAGGCCCACUACGUGCUGUCAGGCUCGUGGGACGAGCAGAUGGAGUACGCCAAGAUCAUGCAGAGCAGCUCCGGCAGCCCCAGCGUGGACGGCAAGCAUAAGACCGUGUACCAGACGCUGCCGGCCAAGCUGCUGUGGAAGAAGUACCCGCUGCCGGAGAACGCCGAGAACAUGUACUACUUCUCCGAGCUGGCCCUGACCCUCAACGAGCACGAGGAGGGUGUGGCGCCCACGGACAGCCGGCUGCGGCCCGACCAGCGGCUGAUGGAGAAGGGGCAGUGGGACGAGGCCAACACGGAGAAGCAGGCAGGGGGGCCUGGGAGCAGGUUCCCUGGGGACCAGGGGGGAGGCUGCCUGCCCACCGCCCGCUGUGCCCGCCCCGCAGAGAAGGAGACCGAGGUGCACACGCCGCUGUGGUUCGAGAGGAGGCUGGACCCGCUGACCGGGGAGACGGCCUGCAUGUACAAGGGCGGCUACUGGGAGGCCAAGGAGAAGCAGGACUGGCACAUGUGCCCCAACAUCUUCUGAACGCCGCCCACCUGCCCACCAGGCUCCGCCCGGCCUGGCCCACCUGUAGUGAACGCACUCCAUGUAGUACUUACAGCCCUCCCACCCCGCUUUUUUCUUUCCUUUUUUUUUUUUUAACAAAACAAAACACUUUUUGGAGCUCCCACCUGGAAGGAGGAAGUGCUGACGCGGUUCUUCCAGCCCCAGGUGCCCUGGGUCCCCUGCGCCCUUUCAUCAGGGACCUGGGCCCCCUGGGGACCCAGCUCCCAGUCCCCACUCAGGCAGCUGCCGGGCUCUGGACCCACCAGCCCCACCCGGAGGCGGAGGCACCAGCCCUCCCAGGGAGCCGCUGUGGACUUUUUUAGAAAAACCACCUCCACUUCUUUCCAGCAAGACGGUUAGUAAAUGUUUCAGUCCCGCGCUUAGCGGACAGCUUCCACGUGUGCUUUCUUGCCACGAACGUGCUGGCAAGAGCCCCUUCUUUUUACGACAUCAGGAAGCCAGGCGGACCCUCGUCCAGAGCACUUUCAGCUCAACAUAGCACGACGGCCCCCCGGAGCCCAGGGCCCCCAGAGAAGGGGCUGGGAGGGGCCGCUGGGCCCAGGAGGGCACAAGUUGUCUCCAAGCAACAGCACGGGGGGCAGAGGGGGGGACUGAGGGGCCCACGUGGAUUUGAGCGCAUCUAGCCUCCCCAGAGAGGCCAGGAACGGCCGGGGCAGGGCCCGCAGGUGCUCCUGCCCCCGAGCCAGGCCCCAAGUCAGCAAUAAGAACCAACCCUCAGCUCAGCCUGGGUGGUGCCCUGGGCACGAGACCUAGCACCUGGGGUGCCCCGUCUCAGCACCCCUGAACUCUAUUGGCCUGAUUUAUUUAUGUAAUAUAUAAAUAUAUAUAAAAUAGCUAUUUUGCUUACA